AAACUGCAUCCCCUUAUUCAUUGUCAGCUUCCUGGAGCCAUUUUUUAAACAUCCAGAGCGGAGCUUUCGACUCAAUCAAAUCCGUUGCAUCUUCCCGUUUUAGAAACGUAUCGUUUAUACAAUUUGAACGAAUGGGCAUGUAAGAUAUUAGUCUAACGAUAUCCCUGAUUAUUUUGGGUCGAGCCGAGGCGAACUUUGAGGAGAAAGUGCUCCAAAGUAGCGGAGGUACAAACGGACAUUUGACCCUGAAGAUGAGAAAGAGGGGAGUCCCGGAAAAAGUCCUAAUUUCAGGGGUCGGAGGCUCCUCCAUGGACAAAAAACAAACGGUUAUGACCCGGUACAGCAACGCGACAUAUUAUCAGAUUUUAACACCUCCGCCCUGCCCGAACCAGACUAACAAUGUCGGUGUCGCAGACCCGACCGUGAGUCAGCUUUACACUACACCCAUAGGGGUGUCUACAAACGGGACAGGACCGCGACCAGCCCUCGGAAGACCCCCGGCGAAGCGUCGGUUGGAGCUGGAGGAGAGGGACCAGUACACCACUGAGCCAAUCAGUGAGCCCAGAGCUAAGAGAGCCACCACACACUCCCUCAGAAGAACCCAGACUCCUCCCUCCCCAUUAGAGAAGACCAGGUAUGACACAUCUCUAUGCCUCCUGACCCAGAAGUUUGUCCAGCUGCUGGCCCAGUCCAGUGACGGGGUGGUGGACCUGAACCGGGCCGCGGAGUCCCUCAAGGUGCAGAAGAGACGCCUCUAUGACAUCACCAACGUCCUGGAGGGGGUGCAUCUCAUCAAGAAGUCCUCCAAGAACAACAUCCAGUGGCUGGGCUGUAGCCUGUCUCCAGAAGGAGUGGCCAGUGUCCAGACCCCUGGCUCUGUGGGUAAACAACUGCUGGAGUUGACCCAGGAGGAGAGGAGACUGGACGAACUCAUACACACCUGCACACUCAUCGUCCAACAGAUGACUGAAGACACACCCACAAGGAGGUUUGCCUACAUAUCGUAUGAUGAUGUGAAAAGGAUUCCUAGUCUGAAUGACCAGACGGUCAUCAUGGUCAAAGCCCCUGCUGAAACCAGGCUGGAGGUGCCAGACCCUGCAGAGAGUCUCCAGGUCCACUUGAGCAGCACCCAGGGUCCAAUAGAAGUCUUCCUGUGCUCAGAUGAUCACGCCCCUUCCACCCCACUGAAAAACAACUCUGCGCUGAACGAAAAUGGACAUCCGUCUUCAUCUUCGUCCUAUGCCAGUGGAAACUCCACAUCCUUCCUCAAGGUGUCACAAGAGGGUAAUAACUACACCGGUACCGGUUUCUCCAACGCCCUGUCCAGCCUCCCAGCAUGCUCUGCGGUGACAGUCACUCCUGUCUCCCCCCUGCCCUCCUCCCUCACCUCCCUCCUCCCCCUCCAGGACGUCGACCAGGAGCCCUUCAUCCCCCUGUCUCUCGUGGGGGAUGACUACCUGCUUAGCCUGGGCGAAGACGAAGGCAUCAGUGACCUGUUCUCCUACGAUCUGGACCGGCUCCCGUUAGACAACCUGCUCUGUAAUUGAGUGAAAUGUAAGCUCAGCGGCCAUUUUGGGGAAUUUAGUUUGGCCAUUUUGGAGCCAGAUUCAUGGUCCCAAUGUGGUCGUUUCCAGUUAUAAAGAACUGAUUUAGAGCCCGGUGGGCUCUGUGGAAUGCAGCACAGCAGCCAUUUUGGAGCCAGAUUCAUGGUCCCAAUGUGGUCGUUUCCAGUUAUAAAUAACUGAUUUUAGAGCCCAGUGGGCUCUGUGGAAUGCAGCACAGCAGCCAUUUUGGAGCAAGGCUUUGUUUACUCGACCUUGUGGACUGGACUGCUCAUAGAGGACCUGCUGUGUAAUUGACCCCUGGUCCGGCGACGAGAGAAGGGUAUAGAGCUGAUCAAAGGAAGUACGUUUCAGUUCAGACUGAAAUGUAGGGGUGAAUUCUGUGGCUGAAAGAAUGGACAAAACCCCUUCUCAAACCCUGUCUUUCUGGUUUUGCACUGACAGGCAAACCAACAUCCUGAACAAUUGCUCAUUCUCCAUGGCAGACUGUUAUCUAAAUGAACUGUUCUCAUUUGAAAGCAGAAAUUGUCCCCUAACAGAGAUGAGUUAUGGACGUUAACCCCUGAACACAGAUUCUUACCCAUAUCUACCGUCGUGUGACUGUCAUCUGUGAACUUGUGUUUUAUAAUGUGACCCGAUGAUUGGUCCUGGUUCUCCGCUCACCAGAGUAGAGCAGACUCGGUAUCUACGUCCCAAGAGGGUGAUCUCUGCCUGGGCAUCAAUAAAAGGUACCUGGUCUUCCACAUGGAGCCUUCUGACACAAUACUAGAAGAGACUGACUGGUAGUGUUCAGAUAACCAGAGAAUGUACUGAAAGAUGGGCCUUCUCCUGAUAUAUUGGUGUAUGUUGUGUUUGUUGUUUAGAGGAGGAAGUGAAUAUUGCUCCCGUUGCCGUGUGGAACAUCCACUACAUGUCCUUCUCCUGCUGUCGAUGAACUUCUUUAAUAUCCAGGGAUGAGCAAUGUGCCUCCACACACACACACACACACACACACACACCACCAUGCAAGAGUCACGUAGACAAGCCCCCAUUUUGUUUUAGCCAUGCUAGCUGCCAUGCUAGCUGCCAUGCUAGCUGCCAUGCUAGCUGCCAUGCUAGCUGCCAUGCUAGCUGCCAUGCUACUUAUUGAAUAACUGACAUAUUAACCAACUCAUAGUCAAUUCUCAGGGCUCCCAAAUUACUUUCUACUUGAAAUACAAUUUUUAUUACUUAAUUAAAAUGUACAAAUGGAUUAUAAUGAAUUUGUUUUUGUGCUAGAUAUUCUAAUAAGGUAGUUUUUUUUUUUUUUUACUUACACCCAGUCAUUAACCCAUUGAUAAAAAUUGAUAGCAAUUUUUACAAAUUUGCCCUUCGAUUAGUAUAGACAUGUGACCUUUAAACUACCCAACCAUACGGUACAUUCAGCUUUCCUUCGUGGGCUGAAUCUGCCUGGUUUUAGAGAAGUGCUUUACUAGAUGGUGUCCUGUUGCUUUUACUAGUGUAUAAUGUUGGACCAGAGCUCUAUGGGUUGAUGACAGAACUUACCAAGAAGUCCUUUUUUGAGCCAAUUGACUGAUAUGAAAGUGUGUUGGAGAACAGACAUGUCCUGAACGGAACGAUAUACUGUAUUGUCGUCUUACAGUAAUGUGUAUUUUGUUUACGUGUUAAGUCAUUUCUAAGGUACUGUACUAGAAGCUGUUCGUGUUUUUGUU